UACGCUGUAACAGUUUAGUCGAGCAGUUUACGAGGAGGCCUUGAACGCAGCACCCGUCCGGUUCCUGCAGGUACUCCGGUCCCGUUCUUGCGCCGACCCAGACUCCAUGUUGUUCCGACAGCCACGGAGCGAACAAGUGCCCUGGACGAAAACUCUCACGUUGCAACUCUGUGUGUGCGAGAAGUGAAGUGAAGUGUGUGUGCGUGUGAUUGUGUUGACCCUCCGAAAGAAGAUGGCAGACUACCGGGACGACACCGGAGCUCGAGCCCUGCUUGCUUUACAGUCGGCACCGUGCAGUCCCGUGCGCGUCGCAAUGACCUCGCACGCCUAUCACCAGCCCUCGCUCGCCCUCUUGGGUCCUCCGAUGAUGGAAGCCCGUGCCGAAGCCGGGAUUCUUCCCGUGCGCCUCGCUUGCCCUCCUUCGCAGGCCCUGGCCAGACUCGAGGGCCGGGACUUUGAGUUUGUCAUGCGCCAGAGAACGGUCACCAUAGGCCGGAACUCGUCUCACGGCUCCGUGGACAUCAACAUGGGUCACUCGAGCUUCAUUUCACGGCGACACCUGCAGAUCACCUACGACGAGGCGAACGGUUUCUCCCUCCGGUGCUUGGGCAAGAAUGGCGUGUUUGUUGACGGGGUGUUCCAGCGGAGAGCGGCGCCGCCGCUGCAGUUACCCAGAGAGUGUGUGUUUCGUUUUCCCAGUACGGUUAUCAAGAUCCAGUUUAUGUCACUCCUGGAGCCCGAGGAUCAAAGAGAGAGGGAGCAGCCCUCUCUUCCCCCUCGCCCGCUUCUGCCCCACAUUUCCCCCCUCAAAAUCAGCAUUCCCACAAUGCAGCAGCACGAAGAGCACAUCAGGGCGUUUGGCUCUCCGCUGCCCUCGCCCACAGGCACUCUCAGUGUUCCUAACUCCUGUCCGGCUAGUCCACGAGGGGCAGGAUCAUCAGGGUAUCGCUAUGGACGUAACGUGACCUCUGACCUCCAGUUAGCAGCUGAAUAUGCUGCUAAGGCCGUUUCUGAGCAGAGACGAAGCAUUGCUGAGCAGAGAGGUGGGGGAAGUGAGCAGCGGGGGGAGUCGGCUGGUGGAGACAGCCCCAAGGAUGAGUCCAAGCCACCUUAUUCCUAUGCACAGCUGAUCGUCCAGGCCAUCUCAUCUGCCCCGGACAAACAGCUGACUCUAAGUGGCAUCUACGCCCACAUCACCAAACACUACCCCUACUAUCGCACUGCAGACAAGGGCUGGCAGAACUCGAUCAGACACAACCUGUCUCUCAACCGCUACUUUCUGAAAGUGGCCCGCUCUCAGGAUGAGCCUGGGAAAGGGAGUUUUUGGCGUGUGGAUUCUGCUUCUGAGAGCAAGCUGGUGGAGCAAGCCUUCAGGAAAAGACGGCAAAGAGGGGUUGCUUGCUUUAGGACGCCAUUUGGACCUCUCUCUUCUAGAACAAAAAGUGCCCCUGCAUCCCCGACCCACCAGGGACUACUUUCUCCUCCAUCCAGCGGGCUGCAGACUCCUGAAUGUCUGAGCAGGGAGGGCUCUCCUAUCUCCCAUGACCACCAUGAACAGCUGGCUAACAAACUGGCAUCUGUACCUGAGUAUAGGUACUCUCAGAGUGCCCCAGGCUCUCCAGUCAGUGCUCAGCAUGUCAUCAUGGCUGCACCCCCUCACCCAACUGUCAUGCCCUCAGGCCCGGGGAAAGCCCUUGCUUUAGUUCCAGGUGGUGGCGGCCAAGUCCAGCCUAUCCACGUGCUCCAGAACCCCCCUCAGUCCUCUGUCACCAUGGUGCGGGUGGUUACCAGCGGCCCUCUAACUUCCAACCCUCCGAAUGGGUACAGCGCCCCCUCUGUUGGAGGAGCAGAGGGCAACAGUGAGCUCAGAGAAGCCCAGCUGAACAGAGAGCGAGUGAUCCAGACUGUGGACAGUGCGGUGCAAGGCGGGGAUGGUAGGAACUUCACCCCAGGUUUACAUCAACUUCCUGUUCGUCCUGUUACCCAGAAUGGCAAACACACCACUGCUGUUGUUGCCACAGCAACCAGCCUUGCUAAUGCAUCUGGCCUGAGUAGUCCUCUCCAGAUCUUGGCUGCCCAGGCUUCCAGCUCCCCUCCAGUGCUGGUGAGCAGACAGCCAAGUGCAGAAACCUUAGCUGAGCAGCCAGGUGAGCCCCAGGCCAAGCGGCCAAAGAUGGAGGAUGAGGGCUUGACUGAAUCUGCUCAGCAUCACGUCACACCUGCCCAGCAGCCUGUCAUCGUUGCCAUGGCAUCACAAACCCACGACCCUAGGAAGUAAAAUCCAGGGUCUCUUAACCAGGUGGGAAAAGUCCAAUGUGCGCACAUGCUCCGAGGGCUGACAGGAGAGAAAUUAAAACCCUACAAUCUACUGUGCUUUAAACCACAACAGACUGCAUACUAUCUGGUUAGAACUUGCCCACCUCAAACGCUGAUUAAUUAGGCAACUUUCCUCGCAGCAUAUUCCUUUGAUGUCGCAGUGGGUUACGGAUUCUGUCUGUCACACAAACUCAGUUGGAGUCACCGUGAGGGAAGCAGGUCUGGCAGCUGUGGAGUGGAGUCAUGGAGCGUUAUCUCCAGUUUGAUUGCUUGGCUUUGUGCUAUGCUGAUGCUAAGUUUCACAUUCAUAUUUCAAGCCACGUAUACGGGUGUGUGUUUGUGUACCCUGUUCAUCAGUACACACAUCUGCAUCCCACGUCGUCUUGCUGUCCUACCUCUCCAGUCCUGUGUAAUGUGCUGUGCGUGCCUUCGAGGGGCAGCGGCUGCUCAGAGGUGGUCAACAGGAGGAGGCACUGAUCUUCUCUGAGACGUCGGGGUCGGACUUGGCUACCAGGAAACGUAGGCGACCUCCUCCAAGACGAAUCAGAUCCACCGCACUGCAAGGAGCAUAGAGGAGGAAGUAGAGAGAGAAAGACAGAGUCCAGUUACAUGAAGCUCAGCAGAGACAGAGUAAGGAUGAAGGAGCAUCACUGUCUGGGCUCGCACCAGUCAAUCAAAGUAAUCAAUUGACAGCCAUGGGUAUGGUUAACAUUGUGGAGAGAAGACUGCUCACUCAAUAUCACCCAGUAGUAUCAUUAAUCUCCACCAGCCCAUUGUUAUGGUCACAAACCGCACCACUGGAACAUCCUCUGUACCUCUGGUAGUCUGCUCCUAUCAGACUGGUCCCGUUCACAGCCAGGAUGCGAUCUCCGAUCCUCAGUCUGCCGUCGGAGGCAGCAGGUCCGUCAGGGAUCAGAGUCCGGAUGUAAAUGCCUGGAGCGUUGAGAGGAGUGUGCUGCAGGAGAGAGAAGUGUUAGAGUAUAUACAGUAUGUAUGUGUGCGCGCCACUAUCUUUAUUUCUUAUAGUAAAGAUAUAUAGCUGGCCUGGCAGGUGUUUGUUAAAACUUCUACAGGUCACUUGAAAAGUUACGAUCACAACAGUUUAAGUACUAAAUCAGGUCUGUGAGGUGUAAUCAGCUGCAGGUAACCAUAGCAAAAGUACUUCUGCUUCAUGCUGUGUUACCACCUACCUCUCGCUGGUAAAAGAAAAGUCUGAGGUAAGCCAAAGAUAUUCAAUUUACAAUGACAUAAAACAGAAAAGCAGCAAUAAGACACUGUCUAGCAUUUUUGCUUAAUAAAUUACUUCAAUUGAUUAUCAAAAUUGUAAGCGAAUGACUUUCUAAAAAGUUUUUUUUAGUUAAUAAAUGGAUACCAAUAUGAACACAGCUUUUCUAUUCUUCCAGUGUUUAAGUGGCCAUGCUAUAAGGCUGAGAAAUACACUGAGAAAUUUACAAAAAUAACAGACUAAGCAGAGGAAAUGCCUCUUAGCUUCGCAUUAUAGCAUUCUUUGUCCCUGCCUUGUCAAUUACUUUUGUAUAUCAGGACUCCUCAUUGUGUAUUUCCACUUGCAUAACAUCAAUAUUGUGAUAUGACACUCGCUAUCAUCUGGGAUUUUGGUGCCAUAAUAUUGUGAUAAAACAUGUAAACUUUUCUAUUAAAAAUGUAAUUAAUGGUUUACAACACAUUAAUGUAGUUUUAAGCUGAUAUCAAGUCUUUUAAGUGUUUGUUGAUGUAUUGUCAACAACUUUAACACCUGUGAAGCAUUCAUAACUGGAUGUCUGUAUAACACAGUUCUAUUUAUAUAAAAUAGGUCUUCAUAGGAGAAAAACAUACGAGAGUUCCUUAAUUGUUGAAAAUACUGUACAUUAAUAAACACUUAAUAGCUUUAUAGGUGCUUAUAACUUUGUUAUAGUGUUAUAAACAAUUAUCUUUAUAUACUGAUUAUAAAUAAAAAGACAAAAACACA